CCGCGCGCAGCCGGAAGCGGAAGUGAUGAACCCCAGCACCGACCCACGGGGGGAAGUCAGGUUCGCGGAGCUGCCCCCCCCGCGGGAAGGCGGUGGCUCCGGUACCGCGCGGCGUGGGGAGGCAGCGGGCGGCCGGCACCGGGACCGGCACCAGCGGCACGUGGCGGCAGCAGGCGGCAGGAUGGUGGGGGGAAGCGACGGGCAGGCGCCGCCGGACGCCACCGAGCUGAAGCGCAGGAGGAAGAGUCCCCGCUUGCUGGCGGCGCGGGCGGAGGAGGCCGAGGAGGCGGAGGGCGCGGCCGAGUUCGACCCCGGCCCCGCAGGGGCGCUGGACGGAGACUUGGGGAAUCCGGACUCCUUGACUCGACCCCCGAUCAGAGCCUGUAGGUCGCCAGGCAGUUCUUCAAAUUGCUUUACUCAUGAGAAUCUGAUAAAGGAAAAAGCAAAGGCUUAUGAUAGUAACGAAGUGGAGAAACCAGCAGUGUAUCAGCCAAACAUUUAUGCACCACUAAAAGAAAGAAAGGCUGGCUUCCCUGAGAAAAAUCAAGAGCACCAGUCAACUAAAGCACAGAGCAGAAGUAAAUUUCUAGAUGAGCCUGAUACAGGGAAGCAAUCACAAGCUUUGGCCAAAAGUAAUGGUGAGUCACAGAAUGGAUUUCACAAAAGCUGGACAUUGUUACUGGUUUUGCUAAUUGUUAUCCUGUUGGCUUACGUCCUGUGGAGUGGAAUGCUAAAUCUGCCAGAUUCAACCUUGUCAAGUAAAAAUACUCAAAUUCUGCAAGCAUUUCGGGCCCAGAUGAAGAAAUUAAAAAAUACUUACCGAAGUCAGGAUCCCAAUCUGUGGAAAAGAACCAAUGUGUUCCUUGAGAAACAUCUGAAUGCUUCCCAUCUGCAUGUGGAGCCUGCAGUCUUACUGCUCACAGCUGGCCGAGAGGCUGAGAAAGUGCUGAGGUGCCUGAGUAAUGAGAUUGCUGAUGCUUUUGCCUUCUCCCAAAAUGCUACUGCAAUCAAAAUCAACGGGGCAGACAAAGCCAUAUUGGAUAGUGAUGUUGUCAAGCUGGAGGUAGAUCAUGAGCUCAGCUUGGGAUUUGGAGAAGGCAAGAAGGUGGCAGUGGUGCACAGAUUUGAGUCACUGCCUGCAGGCUCCACCUUAAUCUUUUACAAGUACUGUGACCAUGAGAACGCAGCUUUUAAGGAUGUGGCUCUUUUGCUGACAGUUCUCCUGGAUGAUCACUCACUCAGGAAGAGCCUCACUUUGCAAGAAGUUGAGGAGAAAGUCCGAGAUUUCCUCUGGGAGAAGUUUACGAGUUCAGAUGUUCCUACUUCUUACAAUAGCAUGGACACAGAUAAGCUGAGUGGACUGUGGAGCCGUAUAUCUCAUCUUGUGUUGCCUGUUUGGCCUGAAAAGGGCCUCCCUGUUGGGGGAUGCACAUAGAAGUUACUGGAAAGAACUCAAAAAGAAGGAAGAUAAAAUUCAUGUUCAGUGGCUGAAUAGGGAAGAAUUUCUGUGCACAGAAAUUCCACCAGCUGGCAGGGUUGUUUCUGCUGAAGUCACUGGGACUUCUCUAAAUCAGCUGCAGAAUGUAAGCAAGGCACUUGCUGGUUGUUGGUAAGCUGUGUUCAGUGACUCAUUCAGGCUUGGUGUCCUGGAGCUGGAAGGAAGUGUGCACUAGGGCAGAACCACUCAUCUGCUUCUGAAGGUGCCUUGGUGCCUCGGCUUAGCUAUAAGGAUCCAUUUCUGGUCGUGCCUAAAGCUGAUACUGUGUUUGACAAGAUAAUAGGACACAAAAAUAUCCCCGUCAUCUGCCAGAAUUGCUUACUUUUCUUCUAACUUGCAUAAAAAACAAAAAACCCAGUAAAAAACAGAAGCUGAAAAUUGUAAUAAAGUAAUAUUAGCCUAAGCACCAGGUUUUUCUUGUUCCAUCUGAUAACAGAUGUCAGCUGUCUGUGGUGACUUCUAGAAAUGGCAAAACAGCUUGGAAGCUCUGUGGCUGGCAGAGAACCUAUCAACAAGCAUUUCCUCUUUAAAUGAUCUGUCUCCAGUCAGUUUUGGAGAGUGAGAAAAAUGAUGAGGUACAAAGCUUUGCUUAACUUAAGUAGCACUGAAGCCACUUAAAAAAUCCUUCAGCACUUCUUUGCCUUGCUGGUUCCAGAAGUUUUCAGCUUUUUGUCAAAAUUCUUAAAGUCUUAAAAUUUGGGGGGGAAAUUAUAAAGUGUAAGCCCUGUAUGUCUACUGAAGUCCUGUUGCAUUUCCUUUCCAAAAAAAGGAAAUGCAUAGGUUAGGAAGACAUAGGUUAUUUCUCAUUUUAACAAGAUAAUUUUUUGCAUCAAGAGAAUUCAUUUAUUUGAGGUACUUGGUGUCCCAGAAAAAUAACCUGUCUUCAUGUGUCUCCAUAUAACCUACUGCUUGCUGUACAAGCUUCUAGUGAAGGACACAUAUGCAAAGCAUGUUUUUAAAAUGCUUUUCUAGAGUGCCUAAUGCCAAGAAUCCCUUACACCAGACUAAGAACUUGUACUUGAUUCUAUUGCAAGUAUUUUGUGUACAAAACAAGUGAAUUGUAGCACUUCCAUUUCAUUGCUGAAAGUGUGCUCUUGAGCAUGCAUGUGGCCCGUGUGCAUUUGGUUUUACUGAGUUUGAAGGGAAUGUAUGAAGACUGCUCACAGAUUAAUCACAUGCUUUCUUAUAACAGCUGACUAAUCAGUGGCUCUUGGACCCAUCACUUUAUUGACAAGCCCCUUGAGCUGUCCUGUUGCAAAAAGUUCUUCUUAAUGAGGAAAGCUUUGUAGAGGUGAUGCAGCUUCUGGCUUCUUUGUGUGAGCAAAGGUUUGGGGCGUUAAACUGAAUGGACCCAAAUCACUUAAAGUGUAUAAAAGAACAGAAUUUGGGAGACUGAUCUGUGUAGGUGGAUUUGUUCUAGCCACUGGGAGCCAGCAAUGGAUAGUGCUUUGUAUUUUAAUAGGAAGAAAUAUAAGCAGUAAAAAAACUUGGAGGUGCUGCUGUUCUGGAUGUUUAACAAUAGCUCAGGAAGGAAAAGCUGGCAUUUACAUUUUGGGCAUUUCACUGGACAAAUGUUUUUUAGGAAAAAUAACUGUGACAUAUUCCCGAGUGUGUCCUUGAUAGCAUAUCUGAUUGUAUAUUAUGUAAACUAUUUUAGUAAUCAUUAAAAAUAAAUAUACAUGUUUGUUUUAUAA